AUGAUGACUCAGAGAAUGAAGCCCCUGAUGAAUGAUAUUAUAUCUGAGUCACAAAGUGCAUUCAUAUCUGGUAGGUUGAUUACGGAUAAUAUCUUGGUGGCCUCGGAGGUAGGGCAUUAUUUGAACAGAAAGCAGUGUGGGGUGGUAGGUUGGAGUGUUCUGAAAUUGGAUAUGGCCAAAGCCUAUGAUCGUAUGGAAUGGCCUUUUCUGAGAGUUUCAUAUAGCUUUUUGGUGAAUGGAACACGAAGUGAUGCAAUUAUGCCAACUAGAGGAUUGCGGCAAGCAACUGUUCAGGAGGCUACUGAGAUAAAGAACUGCCUAUCACUGUAUGAGGAAUUGUCUGGACAGAAUGUCAAUUUUCAGAAAUCUAGUAUAUGUUUUAGUAGGAAUACAACUGAUGAGGAGAGAGAUAAUGUGGCGCAGGUGUUGGAAGUAAUACAGGCUCCUAACUUUGGAAAGUAUCUUGGUUUGCCAUCAUUUAUUGAGAGAAAUAAGAAAGCAGCAUUUUCUUACAUUGAGUAUAAGAUCCGGCAAAGAAUAGGAUCUUGGAAUAAGAAAUUGUUAUCACAGGCAGUGUCUGUCUGUACCGCCAUUGAGCGUCUUAUGAACCGGUAUUGGUGGGGAUCUGGGACUGAUCGGAAGAUACAUUGGAUAGCUUGGGAUAAGCUAUGUCUCCCUAAGAAAUAUGGUGGACUGGGUCUUAAAGAUCUUAAAGCUUUUAAUGUGGCUCUUUUGGGAAAGCAGGCAUGGAGAUUGCUUACCAACACGGAAUCAUUGGUCUCAAAAGUUUAUAAAGCCAGAUACUACCCUAGACACUCGUUUAUGGAAGCAGAACUGGGGAAUAAUCCCAGUCAUUGCUGA